AUUCCUCCAGGCUGUUAAGUUUUUCUUCUUUCAAGCUCUUUCAUCGCCGAACCAAACUUUUCGGACACAAACUAGAAAGUCUUCGAAUCAGAGAUUCUAUCCUUCAGAUCCGGAAGUUUCUUUGUGAGAGAAGAUGACAGUGAUCGACAUUCUGACCAGAGUUGACACGAUCUGCAAGAAAUACGACAAGUACGAUGUCGAUAAACAGCGUGAAGCCAAUAUCUCCGGCGAUGAUGCUUUUGCUCGUCUCUACGGAGCUUUCGAGACUCAAAUCGAGACAGCUCUCGAGAAAGCUGAGCUUGUUACCAAGGAGAAGAAUAGAGCUUCUGCUGUUGCGAUGAACGCUGAGAUCCGCAGGACUAAGGCUAGAUUGGCUGAGGAAGUUCCUAAGUUGCAGAGACUUGCUGUGAAGAGGGUUAAGGGCUUAACAACCGAAGAGCUUGCUGCGAGAAAUGAUUUGGUACUUGCGCUUCCGGCUAGGAUUGAAGCUAUACCUGAUGGGACAGCUGGUGGUCCUAAAAGCACUAGUGCUUGGGCUCCUUCUACUACAACUUCUCGUCCUGAUAUCAAGUUUGAUUCAGAUGGGCGUUUUGAUGAUGAUUACUUUCAAGAAUCAAAUGAAUCCAGCCAGUUCAGACAGGAGUUUGAGAUGCGGAGGAUUAAACAGGCAAGUGGUGACCAAGGUCUGGACAUGAUCUCCGAAGGUUUAGAUGCUUUGAAGAAUAUGGCAUCUGAUAUGAACGAGGAGCUGGAUCGGCAAGUACCUCUGAUGGAUGAAAUCGACUCAAAGGUGGACAGAGCAACCUCAGAUCUUAAGAACACCAACGUUAGACUUAAAGAUACUGUGAACCAGCUGAGGUCAAGCAGGAACUUCUGCAUCGAUAUCGUUUUGUUGUGUAUUGUUCUGGGUAUCGCUGCAUACUUGUACAAUGUACUGAAGUGA